GGGUCGGGUUAUAAGCUAGUUGUUUAUAAGGUAUUGGUUCUCUAACGAUUUUUAAAUGGCUCAAUAUCAAUUGGAUCACUAAAGUACGAGCCGUUUACAAUAUCGGAUUAUGCUCUGGUUCAGUUUUGACAACAUUGGUUAAGAGUUUAGACAAACCCACCUCAAUCCGGGAUUUUUUCCUAUAGGCGUUCACCGCUUUCGACGGUUGUAGUGAUUAGUGAAGUACAAACAUAUAUAGUUUUUUUGUGUAUUUUGUGAAUUCAUUAAAAAAUAUGUACUUUAGGAAAAGUUUCUCAAAUCCGCCCAUUGGUUGGCAUCCUAUAAGCAUGUGUACUGUGUAGUAUGUAAACGGUGAGUAACCUAAUUCGAAUUCCCAGAAUAUUUCCCACCAAUAGUCCGAUUUCCCUCAUUCGAAUAUCCAUUUCACUUCCCCAGUUCACCAAACCAACCUAGCAAUGGCGCAGAAGGAAGCUGGUUCGUCUCUUGAUACCCUGAUAUUGCGUUUCAAUGCCAAAACCACCGAGCUUCAGGAUCUCGUAGUCGCCCGAAACAUGUACCCAGCGAGUAGCGUCACUGAUCUGUCAGCAGUUGACACAGCGCUGAAAGCUAUGGAGCUUCAGGUUCACGCAAUCAAGGGCCGGCUGCGAGAGGAAACAGAUGCCAUCCCUAAAGCUAAGAAGCUCAUCGAUGCAUCACUGCGGCAGCAGAAGAAGCUGCAGGGUAUGUCAGCCUAUGUGCCGGUGUAUCUGCCUGAAAGACCAACCAUGUCUAAUUUGGAAUGUGAACGAGGCGCGUCGCGGGAAACUUCUGAUCAACCAACCAGUUACCGGUCUGUGAUAGUUGAGGAGGAGCCUGCAGCGUUACCUAGGGAGAAAAAGGGUCGUGGAUCUCCACCUUUGUGGUAUAUAACUUCCGAAGAGCUCGAUUCAUUAAGCUCAUACAUGAGAGGAAGACUCACUCUAGAUAAGAUCAAUGCAGCUGUCAAUGACAUUGCAGCUUACGCUGAAGCUAAUGUCCAACUUCUUGCAGCUCCAAAAAAGAAGAUAUCAGAAAAUCUAUGGGAAAAAGCUUUGGAGCUGAGGGAUAUUGCAAUGACUGACGCUGCCAAGGGGAAACACUUCUUUGUUGAAACUGACGUGAAGGGACCAAACCUGAAGCUUGACAACAGUGGAAAAGCAAUCUUGACUAUUCUACGCCACCUUGGACGCAUCACGGAAACUCGUAUUGGUCAUCAUCGGGUGAUCAUUCUCUUGAAGAAGCCGUAGUGAGCGGGCAGCUUAAAACAUUGGGAAGCUUAAAACUUGAGAGAAGCUUAGAGAUAAGGAGGUAAGUUUGGAUGUAUGGCAACCAUCUGUGUGCAUUGAAUGAAGCUUAGCGAACCCAAAAUGAGUGGAUCUCAGGCUACUUCGAUUCCUAUGAAGACCAUGAAGAUGAUCAGUCGGAUUGCAAUUUACUGGUAUGAUAUUGAGAAACCAUGAUUUUGACUUGUCAGUGUAGGUAGAUAGAUUCUCUACUUGUAGCUGCCAAAACAAGUGAAGGGGGUGAUAGUUGAUACUAUUGGCUUGAAGUUGCUUACACUUGUAUGGUAUCUCCCAAAAUUCUAGACGACCAUCUAACUAGUAACGUCAGAGUCCCCAACAUCAAUUUUGACAGUAUGGAAUCUCUAUCCUCUAGGCCUAGGAGAGUCUUAAUCCGAUAGUCCCUGCCUACUACUUCAGUAUAGUAACAUUCCUAGGAAACUAUGUGGGUAAAGAGUUUUUAUGUUUUUUUUGUUGUUGUUAAUUGCAACCACCAAAAAUCGGAAGUGGACAGGAGUUGGGUUUAUUAUUUUGGGUUGGGUCACUGGUUGAGUGAGUCAGUUUUCUGAAGUGGCAAAUCCGGUUUCAAUUUUUGUGGGUUAAAAUAUGCUGAUUUGGCGCUUUUGUUAGCCACAUCAGUAAAAAACUGACGUCGUCAACAAAGACUAAUGGAAGGUCACGGUCAGUUACCAAAUUUGAAUUAUAAACCAAUUUAAUAAUCCUAGUGACAAUGCUUACAAUGUACCCUUUUUCAAUAAUGGUCAAUGAUAAGGAGGAAGCUGGGCUCUUCUACUUCUUUUUUUUUUAUUUCUUUUUUUACUAUAGAAUUUUUGUGUGUACAUAACUGGAUUAGUUUUUAAUUAGUGCCAAACUAUGAUCUGUUCUUUCUAUUAGUGGAUUUGUUGGAUUCUUUUUUAAUGGGAAAGUUGAAUUGUAAUAGAAAUAAUUAAAUAAGAGUAACGUAGUAAUUUGUGUUUCAUACUCACAAAUAUAAUCAAGCCAAAUCUAUAGUCAAAAUCAAUAGGCAAACCAUAGACUCUUUUAAAUUCAUAAUGCUCACAAAUUCAUCACAAACCUAGAAUUUUCCAAAACCUCAAUUUUCAAAUCUAGUUGUGGUGAACUUGGGAUAAAGAUUAGAACAACGGGGCCUCCGGCUUACCCCAACAAGUGAAGAAGGAAAACCUAUAAGUUAGAAGCAUGAGGCAUAAGUAGUACCGUUGGGAUUAAUAAAUGUCAUCAUAGAAAUUACCAUAUGUCGUCUUAAAAAUGGUUAAAUAUAUUCUCUUACGCUUUUGACUAUUUUUCCAAAUUUAUUACUAACAAACAAUUUCGCGUUGUCACCGUGGUUUUCUUGUCACUAAUGAAAUGUUAUUUUCCGA